AUUCAAAUUUGCGUGUCGCAAAGAAUUGCGCUCCUUUCUCCAAACGCUAAGCUGAAGAAGUUAAGUGAUACAGCGGCAGAGAUCUGAAAAAAUGAAGAAGCCAAAUCGUCGUUCAAAGCAAAAGAGCGGAUCCGAUUCUUCUUCUUCGCCGUCGAUUGUAUCCAGCGAUAAGGAAAACAAAAGAAUCCGAGAUUUGGAGCUAGAAAACGAAGCUCUUAAGAGGGAGAUUGAGGAACUAAGGAGCAAAUUCGGUGAUGUUACACCCAUUUCCUGUGUUGGUGUUCAAAAACUGAAUCAAGUUUAUCCUCAAAAUUCAAAGACCUUUGCAGGACAGGUUGUGGAGUCAAAGAAACUAGGAAUACAGUCUCAACUCUCUGCACAAAAACUUAAAUCUGAUGAAACGUCAAAACAGUUUCAGGAUGAGAUUCAGAGAUUAAAGGUUCAAAAGGUUCAGCUCCAAUGCAAGAUGAAGCUUGAAUCUAUGCAAUUCAGGUUAUGUAAGGCUUCACUGGAAAAGGAAAUUCUUCAGCUUAAGAAAGAGCAAAGAAGGAACAACUACGAGAAGCAAGUGCUCUCAACUCUCAAUCAGAGGCAAAAGCAUGUUUUGCAGCGGAAAACAGAAGAAGCUUUUCUGAUGGUAAAACGUCUAAAAGAGCUAAUAGAAUCCAGAAAGACUUCAUCUGGCAAAAUAGCUGUAGGUGCUAGAAAUGGCAGCAAAAUUGGAACUCAGGGGCAGUUGUUUGAUGAUUGUAACGAUAGUGCUUCUGAAAUGGCACUGGUGCAGGGUAUUGAGCAUGAUUUUGAAGUCAAAAUGAAGCUUGAUGAAGCAUGUUCUAAAUAUGAACAUCGAAUUGAAAAGAUGGUUGAUGAGAUUAAGAAACUCAAGCUAGAAGUGGAGAUGCUGAGGGAGGAACAAGCCGGUUGCAGGUCACAGGAUAAUGAAGCUGUCAUAAAUGAUUCAGAGUUAAUAGAUCUAAGAGAAGAAGUUGAUAAACUAAGUUGUAUGGUUAGCCAAAUGAAUAUGUCAAAGGCACCACUCAUUCAAACAGAGAGGUCACAAGUAGACUUGGUUCAGACUUCUGUUUCCAUUGGGAGUAAUAUUCAUUCAUCAGACAUGGAUACAUCAGAAUCUGAGCAUUCUGAAGGAGUUAUUGCUAUGAUAGAGAGACCUUCAGGAGUGUGCUGCUCUUGUUCUAAAAAGUCUUUGUGUAAGACCCUGAAAUGUGGAUGCCGAGCAGCUGGGAGCAGCUGUGGGAUAUCUUGUGGCUGUGCAAUAGCCAAGUGCACAAACAGAGAGAAAGUUCCCUUCAAAUUGGAUGACAUGCCACAACCAGAGAUGACAAAAGACAUUGUGCCAUGCAAUAUUGAAGAAGAGAAGGGCACAGUUCAAGAUGCAAUGCUGCUUCAAAAUAAAGUUGUUGAAAAGCUUCCUGAGAUAAAUGAAGAUUGUGAAACUAGAAAGCAGCCAUUACGUGAGAUUGGGAACACAAUGAUCAAAUCAAUUACUGGAAACAUUGGCCCUAGAAAGAAAGCGCAAAAAGCUGUUGUUCAGCCUGAUACUAUGAAUCCGCCCUUAUCUCUGCUGGAAGGUACAAGAGGAACAAGAAAAACAAACAAAAAUUCAGGAUAGCCAGUCUAGUUUUUCAAGUACUCUGUAGAUUGGCAGAAACAUGAGUUCUUGCUCGAAGCAUUCUGGUCAGGAAACAAUAGCAUUCGCAUGGAAUUUUGAGAUAUUCCUACAAACUACUGUAAAAGAAAAAAAAAAGGAUUGUAAACAAUCUCCUAUUCAUAUUCUCCAUAAGCCUUUUGUUCUUUUUUUCACUUCAUAUAAUUUUUCUGUAUUGAUUUUUUCCCCUAACUUAACUAUUAAUCAUUAUUGUCUCUUCAACUAUAUGCAUAUAUGAACUAGUGAACAAAAAUUCUCCGCA